CUCACUAUAAGAUAGUCAUUCUAGUGAAAAUUUAACGCAGUUCCUAUUGAACGUUUGUGAUUAUCUAAUGAUUUUUAUAAUAGGUAUAUUAUAAUAAUGCUUACAAUUUCAGUGUAUUGUUCUUUAGCGCUAUUAUUGUUAUUUAACUUUGAAUGUGUAAAUAGUGACAGGAGGUUCUAUGUGGACUACGAAAGAAAUGAAUUCAUCAAAGACGGCAAUGCAUUUCGAUAUGUUUCGGGAUCAAUGCAUUAUUUUCGAGUGCCUAAACCCUAUUGGAGAGAUCGUAUACGCAAAAUGAAAUCUGCCGGUCUUAAUGCAAUAUCGUUCUAUGUAGAAUGGAGUUUUCAUGAACCGUAUUCAGGUGUAUACAAUUUUGAAGGACAAGCUGACAUUGAACACUUUUUGACAAUAACUAAACAAGAAAAUAUGAAUGUACUUAUUAGACCAGGACCAUUUAUUUCAGCUGAAAGAGACUUGGGUGGACAUCCAUAUUGGUUGUUGAAAGAAAAACCCAGCUUACACCUCAGAUCUAGUGACCCAAAUUACAAAAAAUAUGUAAAAAGGUGGUUUUCAGUAUUGAUGCCAAAAAUAGUUCCGUUUUUGUAUGGGAAUGGAGGUAACAUUAUCAUGGUUCAGAUAGAAAAUGAAUACGGACAUAACGAUUUAGGAAACUGUGAUAAAGAGUACACGUUAUGGCUUAGGGAUUUAAUGCUCUACUAUGUUGGUGAACACGCUCAACUUUAUACAACUGACGAAUGCGACUCAUCUUUUUUGAAGUGUGGACAGAUACCAAAUGUAUACUCUACUGUUGACUUUGCUGCAAUUGUUAAUGUAACUGAGUGUUUUGAUAAUUUAAGACAAGUUCAGAAAAAAGGGCCAUUAGUAAACUCUGAGUUCUACGAUGGAUGGGUCGCAUUUUGGGACAGUCCAAGGCCGAUUAGAUAUACCAAGGAUAUAAUACGAGUGUUGAAAUAUUUUUUGGAAACCAACGUAUCUUUCAAUUUCUUUAUGUUCCACGGCGGAACUAACUUUGGAUUUACGUCGGGUGCUAAUACGAACGGAACAAAUUUAGAUAAAUCUGGCUAUCGACCGCAAUUGACCUCGUACGAUUUUUCUGCUCCACUAAAUGAAGCUGGUGACCCAACAGAAAAGUACUAUGCUAUUAAACAGACCCUAAAAAAAGCGAAUUUUCCAACUGGGUCAACUCCGAAAAUUGCACCAAAGGGCAAUUAUGGAACAGUAAAUCUAUUGCCUGUAGUAAGUUUAUUUGAUAGCGUAGCCCGACGUCUCAACCCAGUCUUAAAUGAUGUACCAUUAUGCUUUGAAGAUAUGGAUAUAAAUCAUGGUCUAGUACUGUAUGAAACUAAUUUACCAAUCAUUGAAGGAUCGAAUAAAUUACCACUAGUUAUCAAAUCACUUAGAGACCGAGCUAUCAUCUUUUUAAAUAAUGUGAAAUUAGGAACAAUGAGUAGAUCUUAUAGUAAUACGACAAUGGAAUUGUCAAUAACUGGUAGUAAUCAAAAACUGAGUAUUCUUGUUGAAAAUCAAGGAAGAAUUAACGACAAGAGAUUUUUGGAAGAUAGAAAGGGGAUUUUGUCAAACGUAACGCUUGGAAAACACAUCCUAGGGCCGUGGGUAAUGACUGGAUAUCCAUUGAACGAAACAUCGUGGUUGAAAACUCAAAAUAUUCAACCAAAUGUCAAACCACCAGCUUUUUAUAGGGGAGUUUUCAUCGUACCACAAGAUAAUAAACACACAAAACCAUUGGAUACAUUUUUAGAUACAUCUGGAUGGACAAAAGGUGUUGCAUUUAUCAAUGGCAUUAACAUCGGUAGAUAUUGGCCAGCAGUAGGUCCACAAAUCACAUUAUACGUUCCAGCUCCGUAUUUAGUUCCCGGACUCAACACUAUAGUAAUGGUGGAACUCGAAGGAGCUUCUGAAGAUUUUACGGUCAAGUUGGUUGAUAAACCUCGUUUGGAUGGGUAAUUCAAAAUAAAAACAAUACUCCAUAAACUUAAUUUACCUAUGUUAUCCAAACGAAUAAAUAUGCAUAAUAAAUAUUAUAAAUUAUAUUCAUAUAAAGCAGCGGUUCCCAAAAAUUUUUUUUCGCGGUACCUUUUUAGAAUUAAAUUCAGCCGCGGUGCCCUGCUGCGAAUACUAUGAAAGACAUAACAAAAAAAAAAUUCUAUAUAAUAUUUUUAAUUAUUUAUUAUGAGCCGUAGACCACGGUGCGCAGUUUGGGAAUCGCCGAUACAAAAAUAUUUGAUUAAGUUAAUGAAUGGAUAUGGUUAUAUUUUUACUAUUAUAAUUUAUAUUGUACAUACUAUGUACGUAAAUGUUAUCUGUGUGAACAAUUAUUUUUAUGCAUGUUUAUUACUUAGUCUAUCAUACAUUAAAUGUUGUAUGUAUCUAAUAAUGGAUACAAUUAUCAAUUCAUUACGAUAUUUAAACUUAUAAAUAAUAAUACUAAUAAUUGUAGAUGUAAUAAAAAAAUAAAAACAAAAACAUGAUACUUUAAUAUUUUAUAGUCAAUUAUGUGUGUUACGCGGAAUUUCAAUUUCAAUUUAUUUUUAACAUUUUUUAAUAUGUCUAUAGCAGUUAUUGUGAAUCCAAAAUAUAUGCUAUAUACUUACACUGUUGUAAAAUGAAAAAUAUAAUAUUGUUAAGUUGAUAAUAGUAAGAAAA